AUGGUAGAUCUCAGAGCUGACCAUGUCCGUCUUUCACAGAGACCUGUCUCGUCGCUAUUGGCAAAGUUUGAAGGCUUGACCACCAAGCCCGGCGACUCGCAACCCGGUACACCAACCCGAAAUGCAUCCCCAACCCCGGCGCCGGCGCCGGCCCCGAAGCCUGGUCGACUCCGUGAGCGGGAUCCGAGUCCCUCGACCACAACGCCCCGUGAGCCCCCUCCAAUACCAGCGAUGCGACCCAAAGACAAGUUGACGCUCCAGAGCCUUCACCCUGCAUCCGCGAACGCCAGUGCUUCGAGCUCGCCAGUACGAACUGUUCCUCCUCCUGUUAGCCCGAGGGCCAAACCCACGAACGCCCCGGCGCUCACCGUUGAGCCCCCGCAUUCACCCCCGAAGAGAGGCGUAGGAGGCAUUCCUACCGGUGACCGUCCGGCAUUUGUUAGCACCGAUUCUCUUGUAAAGUCCUCAUCUCCGGCGAAGGCGGGGAACCAGUUCAACUUGCCGAGCAGAACUCAGACGCCAUCGGCGGAACCCCGAAAGUCCCCGCGUGUGGCGCCUGCCCGCCCCCCGUCACCUCCUCCACCUAGACGGUCGGUAGAGUUGCGGCGGGAACGAGAGAUGGGCCAUAAGCCAGUACCGCCUCCGAUCAACCGGGCAGAGAAACCUAAUUCACGUUUCACUCUGUUCGAGCAACCGAGCAGACCCGCUCAGUCGAGUCAGCCUAUUGAUAUUCAGAAGAGGUCGAGUCCCAAGGUGUCACCUUUCAACAGUCCACCUAGCAGCGGAGGAUCGCCAGGUGAGGAAGAUGUUCCCCCAGUCUUGCCUACGAGGCCGCGACAACAGCAACCGCAUCACCAACAGCAACAUAGUCUUCACCAGCAGCACGGAAAUCAGCAUCAGCCCUCUGUCGGUGUAAAGAGGUCAAAUACCUUCCACGUCGGUUUCGACCCGCCACCUCAGCACCAUUCAUUAGCCGCAAAGAGACGAGGCAAGGACGAGCCUCUAACACCGCAAAUCACUGGCGACCGGCCUGCGCUGCCUGCACGACCACAGAGUAUCAUCGAGUCGGUCCGCGCUGCAAAUUCUGUCUCAGCACCACCUCCACGGCCUCCACGGCCAGGAGUCAACACGAGCGUAGCGACAGCAAUCCAACAGAAGCGGAUAUCCUCGACACCAGUAACACAGGCGCCCCCUCCUAUUCCACGGCUCAACGGUAGGUCCGUGACGGCGGCGGAUCGGAUGCCCGGGAGAGUGUCCAACGAAUAUCACGCUCCGCCUCCUCCAACACCCGUGGAAGCUAGGCCCGCUGAAGCUCAAAUCGCGGGCUCACACAAGGCCGAUUUGGGAUAUCCAGACACGUCAAGAACGAACCGAAGCAAGCCAUACUUGCAUAAAGGGGCUCACGAAAUUGCCACAAAAUACGACAGCCGCAUGUUUGAUGUCUGCGGGGCCUUUGUCUGCACAACAGGCGGUUAUACAAGGGCGUGGAAUGUUAUGGACGGGGAGCUGGUUAUGAGCUUGGCCAUGAGCGAGGGCAUGAAGGGCGCAUCCGUGGCCUUCAAACCGGGAGAGAGCGUCGACGAGGAGGGCGCGAGGAUAUGGAUCGGAACCAACAAUGGCGAGUUGUUGGAAGCCGAUGUCUUGUCGCAAAGUAUUGUCAACAACAGACCAAACGCACACGGCCGCUACGAGAUUAUCAGGAUAUACAGGCAUUUCAACGAGCUGUGGACUUUGGACGACAGUGGGACACUUCACGUUUGGGGGCCGGCCGAUGGUAGCAAUCUGCCCAGUUUGGCUUACCCUCCUACACAGACCUUUCGCGUGCCUAAGGGUCAUGUAUUUUCCAUGGUGGUUGGUGAUGAACUCUGGCACGCCACAGGCAAGGAAAUCAGGGUUUUCCUACCAACUCUUGACGGCAGGACACAGUUCCAGGUUCUCAUCCGACCUCUAAUUCAAGAUGGCGCUGGUGAAGUUACGUCGGGUACUCUUCUCGCCUCAGAGCCGGACAAGGUGUUCUUUGGCCACAACGACGGCAAAGUCAGCAUUUAUUCGAGGAAAAACUACGCUUGCCUUGGCGUGAUGAAUAUCAGCCAAUACAAGAUCAACUCCCUUACUGGUGCGGGACGAUACCUCUGGGCAGGAUACAACACUGGCAAAAUCUCGGUCUACGACAUGGGCCAAACGCCAUGGGCCGUUAAGAAGGACUGGCAAGCCCAUGAUAACCCGGUUGUGAAGCUGAUCUCUGACCAGUCGAGCUUUUACAAGCUGGAUCGUCACCAGGUGGUCUCCCUCGGCGCGGAUAAUAUGUUGCGUGUUUGGGAUGGUUUACUUCAAGACGACUGGCUGCAGGCCAAGAUGAAGCAGCAUGAUGCGAGGUACUGCCACUUUGAAAAGAUCAAGGCGUUGAUUCUGACGUGGAAUGCGGGAGCUUCGACGCCGAAUAGUCUCAACUAUUCGAAUGAUGACAGAGUGUUCAUCGAGAAUUUGCUGAGGAGCAGUGACUCGCCAGACAUCAUUGUCUUUGGGUUCCAAGAGCUGGUUGAUUUGGAGGAUAAGACUUUGACUGCGAAGAGGUUCCUGAAGCCGAAGAAGAAGGAGGGGACGGACCAGGAACGGAUGAGCCAUCAGUAUCGGAACUGGCUGGCGCAUCUGAAGCAGAGCCUGGAUCAGCAUAUGGAUGGGGAGUUGUACCACGUGCUGCAUUCCGCGCCGCUCGUGGGGCUGUUCACUGCCAUUUUUGUCAAGGCAGACCUCCUGGGCCGGAUCAGCAAUCUUAACAGCGCUGAGGUCAAGAGAGGCAUGGGUGGUCUUCAUGGAAACAAAGGUGCCAUUGUGGUGAGGUUCAUGGUGGAUGAUACCUCGCUCUGUUUUAUCAACUGCCACUUGGCAGCUGGACAAUCGGGGGCGAAUCAAAGACACAACGACAUUGCCGCUAUUUUGGAGGCGUCCCUCCUGCCAGGUGAGAGGGACGCCUCGGUGCGGUUCGACAGCUUUGUCGGUGGCGGGGACGGCACAAUGAUCCUAGACCAUGAGCUGUGUCUUCUCAACGGAGAUCUCAACUACAGAAUCGACACCAUGUCGCGAGACACUGUCGUCACAGCUGUCAAGGCGGGCAAUCUCGCCAAGCUCCUGGAGCGUGAUCAGCUGCUCGUGGCUAGGCGAAGGAACCCCGGGUUCAGACUCAGGGCAUUUGAAGAGCUUCCCAUCACCUUUGCGCCAACGUACAAGUAUGAUGUUGGGACGGACAACUAUGACACGUCGGAGAAGAGAAGAAGCCCAGCGUGGUGUGAUCGGUUGCUCUUCAGGUGCGGGGCCGGCAGGGGAAGGAUAGAGCAGUUGGAUUACAGACGGCAUGAGGUGCGAGUGUCGGAUCACAGGCCAGUGAGCGGGAGAUUCAGGUUUGAGGUGAAGAAGGUGAGGGGCAAGGAGAGGGCACAGGUUUGGAUGGAGUGCCAGCAGGAGUUUGAGGAUCUGAGGGGGAGGGAGGGAAGAGGGGAGAAGUGA